AUGGUAAGAACACACGGUGCAUCUUUUAAUUCUCGAGGUGAGAGUUCUCGAGGAGAGAGUUCGGCACAGGGCGAAACUCGGAGAAGACCUACCUCUUCCACUCAUAGAAGUCGUGCAGCUCCUAUUGAGGAUGACCCUUAUGCUGAGGAGCGAGCCUUUGAGGAGCAAACAUAUGAGGCGUAUGAGACUCAUGGUCAGGAGGAUGCAUUUGAGGCCCUUGACGACGAUGACAAUGAGGAGGAGCAUGCGGAUGUUCAUGACAUACAAGAGUAUGUCGGUGGAUUUCCUAGAGGUCCACGUGAUGGUUCAUUGCUGACGCACUAUGUUCAGCAUGUAGCUUAUGCUAUUUCACAAGGUCGGGACUUGGAGUUUGAGGAGGCUCGUACAGCCCUUGUGCAACUGCUCGGCGUUGAUGGUGGCACAGUUGGUGCUGAGAUGGAGGAUGCACGGGGUCCGAAAGUCAAACUCAGCUGGCUUAGAGAGAUAUAUGUUCAGAGAGACGUACACGCGUGUGGCAGAUAUGCCUGGGGCGUUGCUGCACUCGCCCAUUUGUACGAGCAGCUCGGAGAUGCGAGUUCUCGCCUCCACAAAGCAGAUGGUCGGAUAUUUGACUCUAUUUCAGGUACAAGUUGGAUAUACGAACAUUUCCCUUGCAUGGGAAGGAGGCGGUUGGUGACUUCUUACGAUGAUACCACACCACGUGCCAUGAGGUGGCAGAGCCCUAGGCAGGGUUCCACUCUCGCGGAGAUUCGGUCACAGUUGGAUGCGCUGACAUACAGUGGAGUUAUGGAUUCGGAUUGGGGACACCCUUUGCCGCAUUUGCCUAAGCGUGUGUUGAGGCAAUUUGGGUUUCAGCAAGACAGUCCACGAUCACCCAUUGCGGUUCCAGAUGCAGAUAUAGUGGCCAUUGAUCAUGUUUGGUUGCACUUCAGAGCUCACAUUGUGAGUAAUGUCAGACAUGCAGCAUCCCCUUCUGAUUGUGUCGAUGGGUACAUUCAGUGGUUUAGGAGGGUUUCGCAUCCUUAUACGCGACUCCAUCGUAGACCGUACCCACCUUCACCAUCUGGCGCCCUGGCUAGAUUUAGGCGAAUGGCGAGAAUGUUACAGUCCUUGAUAUCGUGUCGUCAUGUGACCGAGGGUACUGUUGCACAUCAGGUGUCAGUGGACCUGCUGCAGAUUGCUAAUGAGGGCAUCGACGAAUAUUCCCCGACUAGGAGAGGGCAGAGGCAUAUGAUCCAAUAUUUAUAUGUUUAA